UAGUGGACAGUGCAUUUCGGAGCAAAGAGGUUUAAUUCAAACCGAGAGCCGUUGCAACAGAAAGCAUGAAACAUCAACAAAUGCACGCUCAUCCUGGACCACACCCUUCUUUCAGACCUGUAAAGGGUCUUGCGGACUACUAAACGAUCCUCUCUUUCUCUUCUCCUUGCCUAUUACUUUCUUGCAAUUUUACACCAUUUAUGCAUGGAUGCUUUUCCUUGUCCCCCACGCUGAACAUCUUGGCAUCCCUCCUUCCAAAGCAAUCUUCCUCUCCACAAUCGGCGGUAUAGGUGGCAUCAUCGGUCGAACCAUGUUCAUCAUCCUCGUCCACAAAGGGAUCAACGUCUUUGUUGUCUACAUUACCAUAGGUCUCAUAUGCACGAUAUCCUUUCUAAUAGACUUCGCCAGUUCUGCAUACGAGGUGCGUGCUACCUUGGCCUUUGUCCAAGGGUUCUCCUUUUUCAUCGAGGAUGCAAUUUCGGCGUCUUUAUUCAAGGAAGCAGUCUUUGACGAUAGAAAUGUUAAUAUGGCCAUGGCUCUCACUAGCUUCACGGGAGGACUAGGGGCAACAUGCGCAGGAACAUUUACAGGUUAUCUGUUUGAUGUCACCCAGUCGUUCACGAAGGUUUUCAUCAUAGGCGGCUUCAUCCACGCCGGCAUGAUCGUCCAUCUCUUCGUCGUAGCGAUCCUCAUCAAGAGACGACGGAUAAGAAAUGAGCUUUCAGUUUGAAAACAAGGGCGAUUUAGGGGAGGGGGUAAAACCUCCCCACCUUGAACACAAGUUUAAACAUUAAUACUCCUCCUUUUAAGUAUUGGUUUCAUUUUUUGUAUUUAUUCAUUUUUAUAUUAAUUCCUCUAGUACCUAGACCAAAAAAAAAAAAUAUACGUUUUUUUUUUGGCCUUGCUUGCAUGUCCAAUUUUUUCAAUUUUGUUUGCGCUAAUCUUUUGCAAAAUCCUACAUCCGCCCGUGCUUUAAACUUUUUUUAAUAUUUCAUUUGCUUUUUUUGUUGGAUGUCUUUGCUUUAUGAUCUUCCGAGAACUGUUUUGUAAAUGUUGCAAACCGAUGCUCCUAAUAAAUCACAAACUUGAUUAUUUGUAUGAUAUCAAGAA